AACCCAAAGAACCUGGCGGCAAUUCCCUUAUAAAUUGCUUCAAACUUUUUUCACCUUCUUUUUCUCUCGUUGUUCCUUCUUAGUCAUACUUCUUCCCUUCUCCUAAAUAUUUCUAAAACCCUAAAUCUUGCCUCCGGCACUAUCAAUGGAGUUUUGGGGUGUUGAAGUUAAGCCUGGUCAGGCACUGUCUGUGAAGCCUGGAGAUCAAAAGUAUGUGCACAUAUCACAGUUGACUGUAGGUGAAGUAAAGAAGGACAAGAAUGAACCCGUGACUGUUUUCUUGAAGAUUAAUGACCAGAAGUUUCCUCUGGGAAUUCUCUCUGCAGAGAAGUUCCCUCAGAUACCAUUUGAUCUUGUGUUUGAGAAGGAAUUUGAGCUCUCCCACAAUGGGAAGAGUGGAAGUAUUUACUGUUUGGGUUACCGGGCUUCUAUUGAGGACCAAGAACAGGAAGAUUAUUCUGAUUCUGAGUUUGGCUCAGAGGAUGAAGAACUUGCAUUGCCACCUGCCGAGAAUGGAAAACCUAGCCAGAAGGAGAAGUCUGUUGCUGGAAAUGUUUUAAGUGUGAAACCUGAAUCUUCAAAGAAAGCAGAUGAUAAGUCUGUUGAGCCUAGCAAGGGGGAUGAGGAUGAAUCUGAAGAUGAUGAUGACUCCGAUGAUGAUGAGGAUUCCGAUGAUGAGUCUGAUGAGGAAAUGCUUGGAGAUGACAGUGGCUCUGAUGAUGAAGAUGAUAGUUCUGAAAGUGACGAGGAGACACCGAAGAAGGUUAAUGAAUCGGCCAAGAAGAGGUCAAUUGAGUCUGCCUCCAAGACCCCUGUUUCUAAGAAGGCAAAGUUAGCUUCGGCUGAGAAAACUGAUUCGAAGAAGGGAGGUCAUACUGCGACUCCCCACCCUGCCAAGAAACCAGUGAAAACACCUGGCAAGGCAGAGUCUCCAAAAUCUGUAGGCCAGUUUUCUUGCAAAUCCUGCGAUAGGUCAUUUGGGUCUGAUGGUGCUCUUCAGUCACACAGUAAAGCUAAGCAUGGUGGUAAAUGAAAGGAAAGAAGUGAAGAAUGAUAACAUAUUAUUUUGCAGCUUCAAUAUGUUAAUCUCUAGGUAGGUUGCGAUCUUGGCGGAGAUUUUGUGUUGAGCGUUUUGAUCGUAAAACGAUAUGCGAUUGUUUGUUCACAUUGAGGAAAAAGAAUUUAGCUUGAUUUAUGUAUCUUUUGGGGCAAAUUACUGUCUUAGUUCAUAGAUAUAUUUUUUUUCUUAGCGAUGUGUUUUGGUUGGCAUCUGUUAGGACUUAAAUAUCAUUAUUUUGGUACACCUAUAUUUUGUCUUUUUUCCCCUUUCUUUCAAGUGAAUGGAAGCCAAAAUUUUUGUCCUUCAAAUA